UUUACAGCUUGUUGUUAUAGCCGUCAACAUUUAGUUGGUUAAAAAUAAAAAAAGGUAGCCCAAAACAGCGACAUGACCGCCGCCGUGGCUCCCCGAACACAUCGGAAGGAUGAUGCCAGCUAUAAGUUACAUUUCCGAAUGAUAAACGAGCAACAAGUGGAUGAUAUCUGCAUUGAUUUCUUCUAUAAGCCACACACCAUCACUCUCCUAACAGUAACUGUGCUCAGCCUCAUGUACUUUGCGUUUACCAGGGAUGAUGAGCACCCUGACAACAACCUCCGAGUUGGUGUUGUCGUGGUUGUCUCCUUCUUCUUGGUCAUCAGUGUCCUGGCCUUUCCUAAUGGACCUUUUACCAGGCCUCACCCUGCAAUAUGGCGAAUGGUGUUUGGUCUCAGUGUUAUGUACUUCCUGUUUCUUGUCUUCCUCAUCUUCCUCAACUGGGACCAAGUAAAAACACUGAUGUACUGGUUAGACCCAAACCUGCGCUAUGCCACACGGGAAGCUGAUAUCAUGGAAUAUGCUGUAAACUGUACAACGAUAACGUGGGAGCGAAUCCUGAGCCACUUCGACAUCUUCGCAUUCGGCCACUUUGCAGGCUGGGCCAUGAAGGCGCUGCUCAUCCGCAGCUACGGCCUCUGUUGGACCAUCAGCAUCACCUGGGAACUCACUGAGCUGUUCUUUAUGCACCUGCUACCAAACUUUGCGGAGUGCUGGUGGGAUCAGGUGAUUCUGGACAUACUGUUGUGUAACGGAGGAGGCAUCUGGCUGGGUAUGACUGCCUGUCAGUUUUUGGAGAUGAGGACCUACCGCUGGGCCAGCAUCAAGGAAAUCCACACCACCACAGGGAAGAUAAAGAGAGCCGUGCUCCAGUUCACCCCGGCAAGCUGGACUUAUGUGCGCUGGUUUGAUCCAAAGUCGUCUUUUCAGAGGCUAGCAGGCAUCUAUCUAUUUAUGAUCUUAUGGCAGCUGACAGAGUUGAACACAUUCUUCCUCAAGCACAUCUUCAUCUUCCAGGCAUCUCACCCUCUAAGCUGGUGUCGUAUCCUCCUAGUUGGAGUCAUCACUGCGCCCACUGUGCGACAAUAUUAUGCAUACCUGACUGACACUCAGUGUAAGCGAGUGGGCACACAAUGCUGGGUGUUUGGGGCCAUUGCUUUCCUUGAGGCUCUUGCUUGUGUGAAAUUCGGUCAUGACUUGUUUUCCAAGACACAAAUUCGCUAUGUACUCCAGUGGCUCCUCUGUCUGGCACUCAUCACACUUCUGUGUUUGUACGGGAUGGUGUGGUACGAGCAAAAUAAGAUUAAGAGCACUUCUGUGCAAAGUGAGGACUGUGAUGACAGCAAUGUUGUCAGCUCAUGUGGUUUUGUCCCAGAUGGCGUCGCAGCUCAGAGGGAUUCCUUGAGAAGUUUAAAACCUGCAAAACGGAGGAGAGCUUCUGGGAAGAACAGAUAUGUGAAUGGCCAUGGAGGAAAGAAACAAUAAACAAUGGUGACACUCCGUAUUUAUAUCCUCUGCGAAUCCAUCCUUCUCCAGCAAGGAUUCCCCAGUAGGCACUUAAAUCUAACGAAUAACUGUUGUUAAAGGUGCAUCAAGGGUUUAAUGAAUGCCAGAAGGCAGAAAUCAGACUCCAAAACAAAGUGACAUCCAGUCCUGCUUUACUCUUUCAACUUACGAAGUUAUAAUGGCCGUGGAAGUCAGAGGCAAAACACACCAAUGAGCUUCAAGCUUCACAGACCUGCAGACUGCAGAAACGGCUUACUAGCAAAUCUUUAAUACCGUAUGACGAGGACAGAAUUGGUUUUCUGUUUAAUGUCAAAGAUAUAUUUAAACAGAUCUAAAUAACCUAGAAAUGUGCUCUGGAUUAUGACAGAGAAGGUGGCCUUAUUUGCACUGUAAAAACUAGCAUGCUGGCCUACAGCAUUGUCCUACAACCAGCAUUUUCUACCUUAAACUACUGAAUGUUGUUUGGAUGCUUUGCGCUGUGGGACAGGUUAAGCAUGUCCAGUCAAGGGUGGCCUUUACAAAUCAGUCCACACCACUACACUGAAUAUGCAUAUGCUACAGGCACUUUUUUUGGACUUCAACUGUUUGACACCUCUUUGUUUUUGAAUAUUACUGUGUACUAAAUUUAAUACCUUUACUACAAAACAAAACAUUACACUUUUGUUGCUUGUAAGUCACUGGAAUUGGUGAUGAUUAUUUGUUGAUUUAGUGUAUUUGUGUUUGUAUCAUAAUUGCCAAAGGUUACCAAAAAUUGCACUAUAAUGCAGUAAAGUACUGGCAUAUGCAGUACCGUAUGCUUUUCUUCAAAUCAAAAUUGCAUCAUCAGGAAAAAAUGUUUUUGUCUACUUCAAAUGAGAGGAGCAACCAAGUGUUACUACACCAACUGUAGCCUUUACAUGUUAUUCUUACCCUUUUUAGCUUUCAUAAAUGUGGUAUUUUGAACAGCUGAGAUGUAUGUUAUUUUCAUUAUUUUUGCCUGUGUUUGUAAUCAGAGAGAGAAGCGAGUGGUGUGUGUGAUAGAUGUACUGACAGAAUACUGUGACAUUCAACAGCAGAGGAUAAUCACGUGUGUGAAAUGAUCCUUUUCAAAGUUUUUUGUGAUGCCAAUUAAUGAACUGUGACAUUAAUACAACACAGUAAGUGACUGCUCCAUAUUAGCUUUUCUUAACAUUGUUGAAAGAUGAAAUAUAGUUUCAUAUUUAGGUUUUAUGACCUCCCAUGUGUUCGACCAAUGUUGGAUAGUGACUGCUGAUUGAAUUUGUGUUGAUGAAACUUUUUUAGCACUCACCUGCCUCAGUGAGUCCAGGUAAGCACAAUGAGUCAGACCACAUUCAAUGUAAAAUGUUUCUAAUAUGUUCAUUGUAACCUCCUAUGCAUUACUUGAUAUUACUGAUUUGUGAUUUUAUAUGGGUGGGUUUGCUUGUUUUUGUACACACAAUUAAAUUAUCACGUAACAUUUAUUUGUUUUCCAUUGUGCCAUUCC